AUGCAAAAUGAGACAGAAGAUUUUUUAAUAGCUUUUUUUUUUGAUAUUGUGUUUUUUGCCAUUUGUGUUUGUAUAUGGUUAUAUUUGAGGAAAACACGCGAUGAAACAAAAAUAAGUGAUAGUAUAUACAUUUUAAAUAAUAAAGUUCAAGGGAAUGUAAAAUUAGAGAAAGAUUCCCCAGUAGGGGGAGAUAAAAAAGAAAAUAAAUUUCGAACCUUUUUAAAUGUAAAAGAUGACAAAAUUGUUAAUACGGAAAUAAAAUAUUAUUUAUUUUUUUUAAAAGCAAAUAGAAAUAUUAUAUUUUCAUUAUGUAUAUUAGGAAUAUUUUUAGUUUUACCUUUAUAUUUAUCAUUACCACGAAAUAAUUUAAAUAAUCCAUCAUUUUUUAAUUAUAUAAGUGCUGGUAAGAUAUCAGAUAUUAAUGUAUUGACAAUUUUAUUUUUUAUUACAAUAAUAUAUAGUGCAAUAUCUUAUACAUUUAUAUAUUUAUUAUGGAGAAAAAUACGGCCAAAUAAAAAAAAAACAAAAAAAUUUUUACCACAAAAUUUUACUAUUAUGGUAUCACAUAUAGAUAAAAAUGAAAUAAAUGCUUAUAAAAUAUAUAAAUAUUUUUGUAACUUAACAAAUAAUAAAGUUGUUUCAGCAUAUCUUAUAUUAGAUUAUUCAAUAGUUUAUCAUGAACAAAAAAAAAUAUUUAAUGCAACAAAGAAUUUAAAAUUACUUAAAGAGAAUGAAGAGAAAAAAAGUACUAAACAUGGAAGAUCAAGAAUAUUUUUUAGAAGCUUGUUAAGUAAAAAUAAAAAGACACAAGAUUCUACUCUAUCUAUAUGUGAUAAUAAUGGAGUACAAGUAUCUAACAAUGUUCAGGAUCAAUCUGUGUCAGGUAAUAAUAUUGAUGGAAGUAAAUGUGAAGAUGGUAAAAAAUGUGAUGACAUUUUAAAAGUUGAUGAUAAUAAAAUAUAUUUGAGGAAUAAAUAUGACAGUGAAACACCAAAUGAUGAUGGAUGUAAUGGGGAGCAAGAUGGUAUGACUAAUAAUAAUAAAUGUGAAAAUGAUAUCCGUAUUAAUACAGAAAGUAAUGAUAUAUUACAAUAUAUAGAUUAUAUAAAAGGAAGUGGUAAUAUUGAUAAUAAUGAUACUAUAGGAAGUUCAAAUAGAAAUCGAUUUAAAAAUAUAAAUGAAAAAAAAAAAGAUUCUUUAAAUUAUAGUAGUAAUAAUUAUGAUGAGAAUAGUAAUUAUGAUAGUGAACAUAAAAGAGAAGAUUGUAAUGAUGAGCAUGAAAUAUAUUCUAAAGAAUCAAGUGAAGAAGAUGAAGAUGAUGAAUUAGAGGAUAGUAAAAUGAAUAAUAAAAAUAUUGCAGAUAAAAAUUAUCCAUAUAAACUUCAUAUUGAAAAAAAUUUAAUUAAUAGUAAUAAUGAAAUGAUAUUUUAUGGUUUAGGACCAUUUUCAAAUAAAGAAAAAAAUAAAUUUUCUAUUAAAAUUAAAAAAAAUAAAGAUAAAGAUUAUUUUAAAACUACAAAAAAUAUAUUUAAUAAAUUAUAUUUUUUUAAAAAAAGUAAAAAAAGUCAUUGGAAAAAAAAAUUAAAAGAGCAUUUAAUCAAAUUUUAUCAUGUACAAAAUGAGACUCCUAAAAAAUCAACAGGUGUAUGUUUUGUUUCAUUUAUUGAUACAAAAUCAGUUCAUGAUUGUAUUCAUAACAUUCCUUUUACUGAACGUAAUAAAUGGGUUAUAUCCAAUGCACCUCCUAAUUAUGAUAUAAUAUGGAAAAACCUUAAAAAUCAUAGUUAUAAAAUAUGUGCUCGUUUUAUUAUAUUAAAUGCUUUGUUAGUAUUGGCUAAUACUAUUAUUAUUUUAACAGUUACUUCAAUUGAUAAUAUUUUAAAAUUAAUGAUUAAAAAAUAUAGGGACGAAUACCCCAACUCAGGAAACAUCAGUGCUAUCAUAACAUCUUGGUUAACUCCCUUUAUUGUUAUCUUUGUGAAUAGUAUAAUCCAGCCUGCUUUAAUCACUGGAGUGUCAAUGAUAAUUGGGUUUAUUCGGAAAUCAAGCGAGCACACAUAUGUGUUGCAGGGAAAUUUUAUUUUUUUAAUUUUAAAUACAAUUCUUAUUCCAUUACUAUCUUUAUCACCACUUAGUUCGAUAAUUAAGAUUGUGUAUUCCGAUGAAAUAGGGCAAUGGUCGACACGUCUAGGAGCUUACUUAUUUAACUCUAGUGGUUUUUUUGCUAUGAGAUAUUUACUUCAUUGUUGUUUUUUGACGUGCGCAAAUCAGUUAUUACAAAUUCCUCAGUUUUCAAUGAGAUCAAUAAUCAAAAAAUUAACAAAAAAAGAAACAAGUACAUGGACUUUUGAUUUUGGCUAUUGGUAUGGAUUUAACACGACGAUUUUAGCCUUAAUAUUAACCUUUAGCGUUGCCGUUCCUUUCAUUCUGCCCUUGGGGUCGCUAUACUUUUUCCUGCGGUAUUACAUAGAUAAGUAUAACUUGAUUUAUGAAGUAUGCCGAACAAAUUUGGAUAGUCACGGAGCUAUAAUAAGAACAGCGAUUAAAUUUAUGCUUUUUUCAGUUGCCUUUUUUCAACUUGUUAUGUUCACUUUUUUUUCAAGAGUAGAGAAUAAAUUUAUUUCAGUCGGUCGGAAUAUUCUCUUUUUAUCAUCAUCCCUUACGACACUACUACUUUUAUGCAGAUCUACUGAAUGGGUUAGUACAAAUCAUAUUAAAAAAAAAAAAGGGAAAAGAACAUUUUGUUACUUAUGCGAGAAAAAUGUUUAUGUAAGUAAUUUGAAGGAUUUAAAUAAAUUAAAGUAUGCAUAUGCUAAUCCAUACGAAACAAAAAGAUGA